CUUUAUUUCGACCGCAUUUCCAGUCCGCGCCCAGCCACUCGACUCACCACAACUCCUCCCCUCUCUGGUCUUGCGCCCUGAUAGACCUUCGACCUCUCCCGAUAGACUACGAUCUCCCAAUUCCUAUAAACCCGAGCCAUGCCACCAGCGUCAACAACCCAGCGCCUACUGCGCGAACUGAAAGACUACACCAACUCCCCCAACGAAGCCCUCCUCCACCUCGGCCCAAUAGACGAAGACGACCUAUUCACCUGGGAAGCAGUCCUCAAAGGCGUAAAAGGGACACCCUACGAAGACGGCCUCUGGUCCCUCUCGAUCCAAAUCCCACAAAACUACCCCCUCGCCCCUCCCACAAUCCGCUUCACGACGCGAAUCUCACACCCAAACAUCUCCUUCACGACCGGUGAAAUCUGCCUAACGCUGCUGACGACCGAGCACUGGAGCCCCGUCUACACGCUCUCGACUACAUUAACUGCGAUCCACCAGCUCCUUACAGACCCGAGGCCUGACUCGCCGCUGAAUGUGGAUGUUGCGGCGUUGUUGCGCGAUGGUGAUGUUCCCGCUUGGGAGAGCAUUGUGAGGUAUUAUACCCAGGAGGAGAGGUGGAAGGGGAGGGUUUGAGUUCGUGACUUGUUUGGUUGGUCGAUGGAUUGAUGGGUUGGGAGUUAAUAAGGAUGAUAAGCGCGAGUGAGAAAGGAGAGGGGGAAAGAGGUAUAUACAACUGUUUGGCCUGCCUGAGUGGUUGGGGUAUAUAUUAUAUGCCGUGAUGACUAGCUUAUUUUUGCUCCUAUUUUGAAAGAUUUGUUUUGCUGAUAUCAAUAGCAUAUACAUACUUCUUUACUUAUUACGUUUACAUACCCGAACACGAGAUGCUG